AUGAAGAUGAGCGUGCAGCUGUAUGGGUAUUUUGGUUUGUAUGCAGUGAUAGUGAUAAUUAUGGUAGUGCAUCUUGGAGGUGCUGAUACCACUGUAACAAUGGAAAACAAGGUGGAGGACUUGGACGUGGUGGUGAGAAAUGAGACUUGUGUAGAUGAUAACGACGGUGGUCUCGGUCACGGCAACGAUGGGCAGCAGCAGCUAGGGUUCGGAACGUACGAAGAGAGCUGCCCGGAGGUGGAGGCCAUCGUAUUCUAUUGGGUCCAAAAUGCCGUCUCCCAGGACCCUCGAAUGGCUGCUUCCCUCCUUCGCCUCCAUUUUCAUGACUGCUUCGUUAAUGGGUGUGAUGGUUCAGUGCUGUUGGACGACAAGGGGAGUUUUGUCGGAGAGAAAACUGCGGCCCCAAAUUUGAAUUCGCUGAGGGGGUUCGAAGUCGUCGACGCCAUAAAAUCCCACCUUGAAGCCCUUUGCCCUGUCACCGUUUCUUGUGCUGAUAUUCUCGCCUUUGCCGCCAGAGACUCCGUUGUUCUUUCAGGUGGGCCGAGUUGGGAAGUACAAACGGGAAGGAGGGACAGCCUGAACGCGAGCAAAACAGACGCAAACGCCAACAUCCCAGGCCCCAACUCCGACGCCGCCACGCUCCUAGCUAAGUUUCAGAACGUUGGCCUCACCCUCAACGACAUGGUCACCCUCUCUGGUGCACAUACAAUGGGAAAAGCUAGAUGCUCCACAUUUACCUCCAGAUUCAGUACUGGAGGUGCCACUUCUAAUGGUCCCGAUGUUAACGUCGACUUCCUGCAGUCCCUUCAGCAGCUGUGCUCCAACUCAAACACAACAUUAGCACAUCUUGACCUUGUCACCCCUUCAACAUUUGACAACCAGUACUACGUCAACCUAGUCUCCGGCGAGGGGCUGCUUCCAUCAGACCAGGCCCUCGCCCAUCAUGACCAAACACGAGAGAUUGUAGAGUCCUAUGCCAACAAUGCUGCGGUGUUCUUUGAGGGCUUCAAGAACUCUAUGCUGAAGAUGGGUGGCUUGGGGGCCCUCGUAGGAAAAAAUGGAGAAAUCCGGCAGAACUGCCGCAGCAUAAAUUAG